AUGCCUGAUGAAAUGAGUCAGAGUCAGAGAAGUAACAGUAGUAACAUAGAUAGUCGUAGUUUAGUUAGAAGAGGUAGUGUAGCCAGUGAGGUAGACAUGUGCACCUCUAAGAGAGACAAAACAAUGUCGAGAUUCGUCGAAAUGAUGAAUUUCAUUAAUAAUGAAAUGACCAGCAGCAAGCGACUUGCGAAAGCAGGACGUGAAGGACUGAUUGAAAGAGUCCAAGAAUGGGGACUAGAACAAGCAAACUUGGAAGGGCGCAUACAAGCACUAAAAGAAGAAAAUGAAAGACUGAGACAUGAGCUUAAGCAGGCGGAACAAAAACAGGUAUCGAUGCCAAUGUCUUAUGCGACAGUGGCCUCAAAACCCAUAAACAAAUUAUCUGAAAAAGAAAAGAUUAUAGAGAAAUCAAGAAGGCAACCAGAACAUACUUUGUUCAUUACAUCAGAAAAAUUCACAAACGGUAAAAAGGUACAAGAUGAGGUUACGAAGAUCCUAGAUCCAAGAACCCAAAUCUUGAAAAUUAACAAGAUGAGGACAACAGCUAAAGCUCUGAUAAUUGAAGCGUCCUCGAAAGAGGACCUUGAAAAGAUCAUGAGCAAUCCAAAAAUGAAAGACUUUAAAUGUGAAUUGCCUAAAAAGAAGAGACCCUUAAUGAUAAUUUACGACGUAACCACGAAUAAACCGGACGACGAGAUCGUCGAGGACAUAAGGACACAGAACUUUGAGGACAUCUCAGAGGAAGAAUUCAAAAACGAAUUCAAAGUAAGAUUCAAGACCGGGCCGAAAGGCAAAUCAACAUGCAACUUAGUUGUAGAGGUAUCUCCACAGCUAAGGAAAAAGAUGAGUGGCAAGAAAUUAUACAUUGGUUUCACCAGUGUAAAUACAAAAGAUUACAUUGUAGUCCCGAAAUGUUUAAAGUGCCAAGACUUAGGUCACAUUGGCAAGUAUUGUGCAAAAACUGAGAACAUAUGCAGCCACUGUGGAGAGAGUGGGCACAUAAAGAAGGACUGUCAAAAGAAACAAGACCCGAGUGUUUGCAUUCCGUGCAAAAACAGGGGGAAAACUUGUAAGAAUGGGUCGGACUGCCAGACGCACAGGAUGCUGCUGGACAGGAUGAUCCAGAAAACCGACUAUGGCCAGUAA